GUGCAAUCGGUAUUAUCGACUCAGAACCCAAAGACUUAUUGCUUGACAUAGAUCAGUUUUAUUACUAAGCAUCAAAAUUCUAUCUAAUUUAUGGGUUUUUCAAAAUGAUAAUUAUUAUGUUUUGUUAAGCAGAUUAAAAAUUGAAAAUUCUAUGAGCUGUUGUGAUAGUUAACUAGCUAGUUGAUACUUAACUAGCUACGCAGGUUUUUUUUAUAGAUGGCAACCCAAGCAGUUGUCACAUCUCCAUGUGAUCAUUUUUGGUUAUUAUAUUUUCUGAAAUAGUGAUGAAUUUUGUUUGAGGAAGCAAUGUCGGAUAAUGGCUAUAUUAACUCAAAAAAACAUUACUAUAUAUAUUUCAAUGUAAAAACCAAUGCCACUACUGAUGGACGUCAAGCUGUUAGAGCAAAUCUGGGAAUUAUGAUUAAGGGCGAGUCCAAGAUUGUCAAAUGAUACGAUAAAAGACUGCAUGCUUUAACUGAGCUCUGCCAAAAAUAGGCACACGUAAUGACGAUCGAAUUGUAGGAGGAGACAUCGCCAAAGAGGGAUCUGCUCCAUAUAUGGCUUCUUUGGUUGCAACUCCAUUAGGAAGUCAUUUUUGCGGUGCAUCCAUUGUUAACGAAAGAUGGAUUUUAACAGCUGCUCAUUGCGCCAAAAUGUUUAGCCACCAUUUUGUGAAAGUGGUUGUUGGUACCAACCAUCUCUUUGAGGAAGAUGGUCAAGCAUACUUUGCCGAAGAGAUUAUUCCACAUGAAAAUUACACUGCUACUGGUAUACAUGAUCAUGAUAUUGCACUUAUCAAGGUAUCAGAAAACAUAGUUUUUAAUGACAAGGUGCAACCCAUAAAACCGUUGAAAGAUUACAUCAAAGGUGGAGAAGAAUUGAAAACUACAGGUUGGGGAUUAAUGGACAGCAAUAACAUCAUACCUCCAAAUGAUUUGCAAGAAUUAACUGUGAAAGCUUUAUCGAACGAAGAAUGUACAAAUCUUUCGGAUUUCACCCCGACUACACAACUGUGUGCUUUUAGGAACAAAGGUCAAGGUAUUUGUAUGGGCGAUUCUGGAUCUCCACUUGUAUAUAACAAUCAACAAGUUGGAGUAUCUUCUUUCAUAUUAAACGAUUGCGGAGCAGGUUUACCAGACUUUUACACCAGAGUUUCUUUGUAUUAUACUUGGAUUGAAAACCAUACUCAAUUGUAAACCUCAAACGUAAAUACUUAACAAAAAGGGCUUUUAAAAACAAGAAUUUUAAUGUUAAUAAUUCGAAUACCGAAUGUUUUUAUAUCUGUGAUUACUUAUUAGUUGAAUAAAUACAUC